CGCGGCUCGUAAGCUGUGCGAAAAGCUAUCGUGCUGCCCUGAGACACGUGCGCUAGUCUGUCUCUGUGUAAGUGUGCUGCCGUGUGCUUUUGUAAUAAUAAGUGUUAUGUAUAUAUUCCGUAUUAUCAAAGUGUAAGGUGGAAAAGUGAGCGAGUGCACGAGCCAUUUAAAUAGCGGCAGCAACAGCAGUUGUUACAAGUAUGUUAUGCUUUACGGUGGAGUGUGAUGGUGGUCUGCAGUAACAGUGUCAGCAGACGGGGCACGUGCAGUAAUAGUAGUAGUAGUAGUAGUAGUAGCAGUAGAGUAAGAGUGACAUCAAGCGAGCAAGGCUCAUGCGAGAAAUACACGAUCAGCCGAGGCUGUGCGCGACUUUCGGUGUGCUAAGUGUUCGCGAGAUAUACAUCAGAGUGAGCAAUGUUGAUUAUUAAAGUGCACCGACAAGAGGAGCAGAAGCAACGACGACAACAACAGUAUUUCAAGUGGUGGUAGUGUUUAUAUGUGUGAGUGUGUGUGUAUGUCGCUGCAAUCCCACACACGCGUACAUGCACGUACUCUUCUUUCUCUCUUUUCUCUCUCGCUCUCUUUCCAUACAGACAAACGUACUCACUUACACACGCACAUGUGCGUCAUAGGUGGGCCUUAUUGCAAGGAGCAUAAUAUAGGCCUUGAAAGAGGGACCGCCGCCACCGCCGCUGCUGCGUGAGAAGCGAAUCUGCGGAGGAAGCGCGUAGAGUCCGAGAGUGCGCGCGCGAGAAAGAGUAUUGUUAUCGGUCGGCUGCGGCUGCUUGUGUCGCGUGCAUUCUUAAAAAGGGGGACAACAGUGUCUUUCUCUUUCUCUCACUCACACAUACAUUACCUCACGCACACACACGCACGCGCGCACAUACACACUUGUACAUUGACACACACGCGGACACUCGCAACACUCUCAGGAACCGAGUUGGCCGCUCUAUGCGAGAAGGCUCUAACUUUUUAGAGGGAAGCAAAACGAAGAAGACACAUGAUGCUAGCAGAGCGAGCGCUCGUUGCUGCUCACUGCAAGGCUAGGACCGACACGACAACGACGAGAACAACGACGAUCAGUUUUCCCGAGCUGUUCAUCCAUCCUCGCUGCAUCAUCGAGCUUCUUCGAGCCAGUGUCAAGAGCGACGACGACGACGACGACAAAGUAGUCACCUGGCUGCAACAGCGACAGCAUCAGCAGCAGAUAUUUGAGCCGAUACCACUUGCGAGCAAUCAGCAGCGGAGUCGUAUUCGUGCCGGUAAUUAAUGGCCUCGAGGCUGGCCCGUGCCACUACUCCUGCUGCUCUCCUUCUCGUCGCAAGUUUGCGUCUCCGGCUUCUACGCGACAGAUGGGCUAAAGCCGUAAUACCGGACCAUUGAGCAAGCCACACGCAGCAGCUUUUGGCAGCUAUUCUUCUCUGUAGGCUUGGGCGAGAGGCUCGGUGAAGCCUCCGCGUGCUGCGGAUAGGCAAGAUGCGGCGGAGACCGGCUGCUGCUCGAGCCCGCAGAGUCCUGCCGAUUCGCUCUCGGCUGCGUCGCGAUAAUUCUUAGGACACAGAGAGACAUGCGCAUUACACAACAUUACAUUGCAUAAACACGUCAAAAGUAGCGACUCGCGAAUAAAAAUUUUAAAGCUCAAACGAUCGAGAUACAUGUGACGAGUGGUACGCACAGUGUGGACAAGUGAAAAAGUUUAACAGUGUUCAAAUAAUAAUUUUAGUGCGGUUUUAGUGUGAAAAAAAGUGAAUUUAAAAAAAUUCGAUCGCCGAUCCUCAGGGCGGAUCGGCACAGUGCGAGGUAGGGCGGUUAGGCGGCUGGCCGCACGAGACGACAUGUGGUCGUCGUCUUUGUUGCUGCUGCUAACGGCCGCACUACUGGCUGCGGCUACCAUCGAGCCUGAUUCGAUCCAGGCUACUUCACCAACUCAAAAGACCAGCAGCAGCAGCAGCAGCAGUAAACCCUUGACAUUGACGACCAUCGACGACGGCAAGUCCAACCUCGAUUAUUACGGACGCUCGAUGAUUUUCGGACUGCGUGACCUUGUCGGCAGCGAUUGGUCGAGAAGUCGCAGAAGCGUCGCCAAACCGCCGCUGGAUCGUGCAGCUAAGCAGCAACAGCAGCAAAUGAAUCUGGAUAUGGAGCGGUACAGACGCUCGAUGCAGCAGGUCUCGGCUGGAAAGUCGUCGCCGCAGCAGCAGCAGCAGCAGCAGCAGCCAUCACAGCAACCAAAAGCUCGCAACAACAACCGAACUCGCUCGGAAUCGGCGAGGGAGCAGCGACGCCGAUGUCGCCUGCGCGGCACGUGCCGAGGGCGCAACUGGUGCCCUGACAUGGACGUGGGUAAUCGAGCCUACCUGGCCCCCACGGUUUUCGAGGGCAAGGCCCGCAGCAUGUCGUCGCUUCGUAAGCCCGGCUCCAAUUACGCCGUGACUUUCGAAGUCAAGCGGGUGUACAAGAGCCAGGCCGGCUUCAUGCCGCUCCAGACGAACGACAGCGUGAGGCUACACUUUCGAGACAAAAGCGGAGGUGGCGGCGGCAAGUCCGGUCUGUGUCAAUCGGUAAACAGUGCGACGACGGCCUUGCCAACGACGUUGACGACGUCCAUGGGCCAGGGGGUGGCGCAUAAUUUGCGCACUAGUAAUAGUGGUACUCUUAACAUACUCGACGCGAUGGCCGCUGUUGGAAGCGGCAGCAGCAACGGCGACGACGGUAUGGUGCGUGCCAACAUCAAGCGCGGUAAAGUGUAUCUUGUGUUUGUGAACCGCGUGGGACCGAGAAACUUCACGAUACUUGGCGAGCCGGUUAUCAGGAGCAAGAAAAACGAACAAGCCAUCCAAGCUGUCCUUCGUCCCGACUAUGUGCGAGAAGUCACGUUAUCAGAGCUAAGAGACUCAGUGGCUAGGUACCGGGACAGGGUGAAGCUCGUGUGUCGAACGAGAGGUUCACCCCCUCCAAGAGUGCACUGGCUAAAAGAUGGACUUCCUCUGCAACCAAGGAGAGGACUCAGAAUUCAGCAUAAACGACGAAGAUCAAAAGUGGUGAUAUCGUCGGCACGAUCGGAAGACAGUGGGAGAUACGAGUGCGUAGCGGAAAGCACUUCCGGUCAUAGGGCUUCACUGGCAGCCCAGCUUCUAGUCGUUCAAGAUAUGAGAAAUCCACCAACCACAACAGCGGCGUGGUUGAGGCAAGAGCAGCCCUGUCCGAUCGCAGGAGACUUUUGCAUGAACGGUGGUACUUGCCUGUUUUUCGAGACUGUCGGGGAACCAGCCUGCAGGUGCGCGGAAGGAUUCACGGGUCUGCGCUGCGAGACGAAGGACGUCAUCAGUACAGGAAGUGUGUAUAACAGACACAGGGCACCCUUUUCGUGCAAACUCGGACUCUCGACCUCGUACUACUGCUAGCGAUAGUUUAUCGGGGCCCAAUGACAGUACACAAUUCAACACAAGCACAUUUAUAAAGUUCACCCAUCACCAUCACACACAAAACAAAUUGUCUGUUACUUCAUAUGGCGUUUCCCCGGUCGAUUAAUCGAUAUUAUAAAUAUGGAUCAUAAAAGAAUAUAUAUAGCGAAUGAAAACUCAUAUAAAUAAUACAUAAAUAUACGUAACACACUUGAUAAAUAUAUAAAUACAUUGUAGAGUUUACGACUUUUACAAAGAAAGAUACUUUUCUCGCAAUUGGUAGAGAAAAGGACCGCGCGAAAGUAUAAUCACCGCGAAAGAGAGCUCAGUCAAAAAAAGUUCAUCGUCCACACCGACGCAUCGUAAUCUAUUUUUAGAUGCGCUCGAGCGAAUGAAAUGAAACGUAUUAGUACGAGCUUGUAUAGGCCAAUUUAUUUAAUCGCAUUUUGAUAAAUCUUUUUCGUAUGCGUUUAGUCGCACGUAAGCGCAAAAAAUUAUCGAGAGAAACUAAUUUAUGAUUCUAAUUUGCAUGCGUUGGUCAAAAUAUGAAAGGAAAAAUGUGCACGUACGACACGUUUAUUAACACAUGCGAAUGAGAAUUUGAUUUUUUCCAUACAUCAUAUCGUUGCAUGUAAAAGAACGAGAACAAAAAAGACACGUUACGAAAAUUUUAGUCCUCGUUUCGAGACUGUUAGCAAAUAAAUUAAACGAUAGCGGAGACGUACGCGCAGGAGGAUGUUGCACCGUUCGUAAUAAGUACGAAUAUUAUUACGAAUGAUGAGCACGUGUCGUUAUCGUGCUCGAAGCUUCAUCAAAGAUGUAGUACACAUUGAUGAUUCCGCGAUUAUGCGUUUUCAACAACAUACCGUAAUUUUAUUAUUACACACAUUAUACAUAUAAAUAAAUUCUAAUUUGUAUUAUAUUCAUUAUAUAUUGUAUAUUUAACGGAUACCGAUUUUUUCUAUCUCAACUGGCUUUUGUCUUACGAUCUCGCUCAGAGACGAAACGAGAGAAAAGUUAAAGCAAUAGUUACGUAAUAUUCUUUUAAAUUUUUGAAUGUCGAAAGUAGGAGGAGCGACCGUGUAUGAUAAUUGUCGCAGCUGAUUUGCGAUGCUUCAUUAUGCAUUAUAUAUUUUAUAAAGAUUGUACUCGAUGAUGAUCGAAAAAAGACCGAAAGAGAAAAGAAACAUAUAUAAAACGAGAAAAAAAGAAUGAAAUUCCUAUAUAUGAGUGCAGAGAAGGAGGGGUUCAUAGCUGAAUAUAUAAGUCGAAACUUUCUUCGGUGCACCUUUGCAUAGGAGAAGAAUAUGUAAUAUACGGUGAAGAAUUUUUUUUCUUUCAUGACAGGGAUCAAGAUAAAGUUUUUGAAAGAAAUAUCGCAGAGAUUUUCUCAAACUGCCAAUUCACACUUUGAAGCAUUUCGUUUAUACUUUACCCCCCACAUAUACAAAGACUUGAAAACCGCAAUUUUACUCGAGGUUUGUUAUCCAUUCAUUUCAUUUUCUAAAAUCGAUGGUUGUAUUUUGUUUGUCUCUCGCAAAUAACACCAGAAAUCUUUGUGCGAGGAUGCUGCAUUUCACCGACAAGCAAAUUUUCACAUGAUUAAUUUAACUAUUAACUUUUAUUACACAAAGCAUUUAUUAAGUUUUAAAUAAUAGAUUAUCAUACGAUGAAAACAUAAGACUGUUCAGCCGCAUACGAUCCAUUUAUCAUAAAAAAUAGAAAGUAUAAGUACGAUGGAAAAGAAGAAAAAUCGCAUACUCUGAGAUUUUAAAUCUCAAAAUGACGUCGGCAUUUGCUCUCUCGUGUAUAAUACAGCCAAGGAGCUAUUUAAAUUCAGCCUUAAUAUCGCUGUAAAUUUUUUCUACGGCAUUCUCCCUCUCUCUCUCUCUCUCUCUCUCUCUCUCUCUCUCUCUCUCUGCAGUUUUGUUCUACAGUCAAGGCUACGUUUUCUUGCAGCACGAUAUAUCCAGCAUUUUGAAUGUAUAUAAUAUAUAUUUCGA